AUGGUCACAUUGGCUGCCAAACAUUCUCUGAAUUGCAGCGAUCACGUUGAAGAUGCUUUUUAUCAUGAGGCCCUGAGCAAGGCACUGACUAUGUGGCUCAGCAUCUUCAUCCCCCCUGGCUCCUUCCCUACCUGUUGGAUGGACCAACGGCCUCUCCCUGCAACAUCUUCUCAUCGUCCCGCCACUUCCCCGGGCCUCCGCUCAGUGCCUCUGGGGUCAGGGGGCUCCCCAGGCAGAGCCUCCUGGGGCUCUGCAGCUGUGGAGGGCUCAGAAUGCCUCCACGGGACUCCUGGCCCUGGGGACCCGGCACCAAGCUUCCUCCCACGGCCCAGCCCUCCGGCCACCUUCCGUUGA